CAUAAAUAUUCUGAUGAGUGCCAUCAUCCGCGAUGCUCAGCCAUAGCCUCCUAUAUAGGAGGCUAUGGCUCAGCUGAGCAGCCGCGCCGCACACUGUCGUGGCGCCAAUCCAAGCUCUUAUUAUGGCGGGCUACUCUUAUGAAUCUUGGCAUGAGCAACAUUUCUGCGAUUUUUCACGAAUGAAAUUGAGUGUUAUGCGCGGUGCUGUGCCUAAUUUCGAGUUUUACUGAGACUUCGCGUCAUCACUGUGCUCAAACUCGUUGCUGUUAUGAGGUACAACUACAAGCCGGGAGACGAAAUUCUAACGUCGUACCCCUUCGUCCAUGUCAUCGAGUCCGAUCAGAGAGGAAUAUUGUGCGAUCAUUGUCUUAAUAGGCAGGAAAAGCUGUUGAGGUGCUCGAGGUGUAAGAUUACGUACUUCUGCGAUAGAAGCUGCCAGGUUACUAAAAAGGUUGCAGCAUGGCCAGAUCACAAAGUCGAGUGUACUCGCUUGAAAGAGGUGGCCCCAAAGGUGCCGUCGCCCGCGGCGAGACAGUUUGCCAAGAUUCUCGUCAAAUUGAAGGAACGCAGCCCCACGGAGAUAACGGAAAGCAUAUUCACACAGAAGCGCUCAUUUCAUGACCUCAUGUCGAAUGUGGAACACAUCGAGAAAGACCCCGAACGCAUGGAGCAGUUCAUGCAGCUGUGGUGCACCGUGAGGACCUUCAUCGGUGAAGAGUGGCUUCCGCCAGUGGAGAUGGGUCUAGAAAUAUUUGGCAAGAUGGUCAUCAACAGUUACAGCAUUUGCGACUACCAUAAUUACGACGUGGGCACAGGGUUAUACAUCGGGCCGUCGAUUUUCGACCACUCGUGCGCUCCAAACGCCCAGGCUGUGUUCGACGGACGAAAGAUGAUCCUGCGUGCGAUACGAAACAUCGCCUGUGACACCCUCGAUGAUAUCCGUAUCUGCUACGUGGAUCUUCUCGAGCUGCAGAGGGAGCGAGCGGCGAAGCUGCGACAACAGUACUAUUUUGACUGCGACUGCAGUAGGUGUGCCGCAGACCAGAAAGCAGAGUACUUGGAGGAGAAGUCCCCGGCGCUGACGGCAGAAGCUAGAGCCCUCUGGACUGCACUUAGGCAACUAGGUGCACCGUCGCAGGCUGACUACGAGCGCUUUCGCGAGUCUGCCGAGCGGUUCCUAAAAGCAAACGUUCUUCCCGAGAACGACAUUGGUCGAGUGAAGGCGAGAGAGUUGGCCUCUUACUGCUGUAUUCGUUGUGGGAAAUUCGACAAUGCUCUCGAUCACCUGUUUGCGAGGGUUAACGUGUACAGGAAAUGUUACGGAAUGUUUCACCCUUCGUACGGCGUACUGCUCUACAGCAUCGCGAAAAUUCUUCACUACAACGGGAACCUUCAGGACGCUCUCAAGUACUUCAAGGAGGCAUCUGACGUCAUAACUGUAUCGCAUGGAAACGGUCACCCUCUUUUUCGUGAGCUGAGCGAGGCCAUGAUGCAUUGCACUCUUGAAGCAGACGCUACAAACGAGACCCAUUAAGUCAUCGUUAUAUUCUGUGCCUUCGUGGUAAAGAACUUGCAAGAAUGUCUUCGCUUUGAAUCGUUCCAUCACAGAAAAUUACAAGAAUACGUGAACAGACGCGGAAUAAUCUACAUCAUCACGGGCUGUCCUUGAUUGUUAGGACAUUUGUAGAAAUACAUGUAAAUAAAAUGGUUUAAAAUAACUUGA